AACCUGGGCUCCUGCCCCGCCCAUCCAGCUCUCCCGCUCGUCUGUGCCCGAGGCGGUGGCGGCUGCCUAGUGACAGCGGCGGCGGCACCAGGCCAGCCGGAGCAGUGUAGGGUGGUGCGGCCCUGAAACGCAGACCCGGACAAAGGGCGGCGUGGCGCGAGGAAGACCCGACCCAGGUCGCGCGUGAGGGGACCUCGCGGGCGCGGGGCGAGAGUCCGGCGUGAGGGAGCGUCCAGGCGGUGGCCGCCGGCGGCUGGGUCCCGCCUGCCGCCGCCGGCAUGAGCCACAUUCAGAUCCCUCCCGGGCUCACAGAGCUGCUGCAGGGCUACACCGUGGAGGUGUUGCGGCAGCAGCCGCCCGACCUUGUCGACUUCGCGGUGGACUACUUCACCCGCCUGCGCGAGGCCCGCUCCAGAGCCUCCACCCCGCCCGCCGCCCCUCCUUCCGGCUCCCAGGGUCUAGAGCCCGGCCCUGGCCUUGUCGCCGAUGCGAUCGCGGACAGCGAGUCGGAGGACGAAGAGGACUUGGACGUUCCAGUUCCUAACAGAUUUGAUCGGCGGCGAGUAUCAGUCUGUGCUGAGACCUAUAACCCUGAUGAGGAAGAGGAGGAUACUGAUCCAAGGGUGAUUCAUCCUAAAACUGAUCAACAGAGGUGCAGACUUCAGGAAGCUUGCAAAGAUAUUCUUCUUUUCAAAAAUCUUGAUCAGGAACAGCUUUCUCAAGUCCUCGAUGCCAUGUUUGAAAGGACAGUCAAAGUUGAUGAGCACGUCAUUGACCAAGGAGAUGAUGGGGACAACUUUUAUGUCAUUGAACGGGGAACCUAUGAUAUUUUAGUAACAAAAGAUAAUCAAACCCGCUGUGUUGGUCAGUAUGACAACCAUGGCAGUUUUGGAGAACUAGCUCUGAUGUACAACACCCCGAGAGCUGCUACCAUUGUCGCCACUUCAGAAGGCUCCCUUUGGGGACUGGACCGUGUGACGUUUAGAAGAAUCAUAGUGAAAAAUAAUGCAAAAAAGAGGAAGAUGUUUGAAUCAUUUAUUGAAUCUGUGGUGCUUCUUAAAUCACUAGAGGUGUCAGAACGAAUGAAGAUUGUGGAUGCAAUAGGAGAAAAGGUCUAUAAGGAUGGAGAGCGCAUAAUCACUCAGGGUGAAAAGGCUGAUAGUUUUUACAUUAUAGAGUCCGGCGAAGUGAGCAUCUUGAUUAAAAGCAAGACUAAAGCAAACAAGGAUGGUGGGAACCAAGAGGUCGAGAUUGCCCGCUGCCAUAAGGGGCAAUACUUUGGAGAGCUUGCACUGGUCACCAACAAACCCAGAGCUGCUUCGGCUUAUGCAGUGGGAGAUGUGAAAUGCUUAGUUAUGGAUGUACAAGCAUUUGAGAGGCUUCUGGGGCCCUGCAUGGACAUCAUGAAGAGGAACGUCUCACACUACGAGGAACAGCUGGUGAAGAUGUUCGGCUCCAGCAUGGAUCUGAUAGAUCCUGGGCAGUAGGUGUGCCACACCCCAGAGCCUUCUCAGUGUGACACCAAAACCUUCCAGUCAGCCACAGAACACAAACAGAAAAUGUGACAGAACCGUUCCUGCUGUUGCCACCACCACUGCCAUUGCUAUGGCUGUGGGCGUUUAGAAAACUUGGAAGUCAGCACUAAAGGAUGGGUAGAGGUUCAACCCACACCUCCACUUUGCUUCUGAAAGCCCAUUAUUAGACCACUUGUAAUGAUUACUCCAACCCAGUUUUCACAUCUCUGGUUCAAAAUGGCAUGUCUCUCCAAAAAUUUAAGUGCCUGAUACAAAGUCCAAAGUGUAAACAUCUUCCUUUCCUCUCUUGCUGCUACUGUUGCUUUUAGAAGUUACCACAGGUUGGCACAAACCUGUUGUAUAACUGUAGACACCCUCCCCCAACCUUUUAUAGCCUUCCGUUUCCUCAUUUGUCCUUUGAGAAAGUCCACAACUGUAGCCUUUGGCUUUACCAUCAAAAAUGGUGGCAGAUGUGAUGGAGGUCUGUGGUCCUGUGGCAUUGUACUGUCUGCUGACAGUGGCACACAUGACAGCUGUCCCCAAACUCUCAGUGAUGCUUAGGGAGAGACCCUGCCCAGGGCCCAGCAGGUCAGCACCCCAAAGCACACUGAUCAGACAUCGGAACCCACGUUAGAGCAGAAAAUUUGAGUUUAGCACAUUUUACAGGUAGCAGAGAGCCAGGGAAGGUUUUCUGGGUUGGGGGCGGGGGUGUUUUAUUUUGUUUUAGUAGAUUUUGUUUUGUUUAAUCUCUGUGCAGUUUGCAUGAGUGAAUUGCUGUCCAUUUGUAAGGAGCUGGGGUCUGGGAGUGCCAUCACCGUAUCUGACCUAAAUACUUUCCUGGGCAACUCCUGCCCAUCUCUUAUUACCAGUUGCUCUUACUGAUGGCAGUGUGCUGGCAAAGAGAGACCUUUCCCUCUACUCCAGAGUUGUUAUGUAGCUUUGCUGUUGAACCAUCAAUUUUUAAACUCUUUAAAGAAGCAGCAGCUAUUUU